UGUGUCUCGGGAAAAGAGAUCCCCUGCCACCGCAACAUUCUGGCUGCUUGCAGUGAGUACUUUCAUGCAAUGUUCUGUAAUGGGCAUCGUGAGAGCAAGGAGCAUAAGGUGGACAUCCAUGGAGUCAGCUCUGACACGUUCCAGCUUCUUGUUGACUACAUGUACACCUCAAACGUCACCAUCACAGAAGACAAUGCUGUGGAACUGCUAGAAGGGGCCAACUUCUUCCGGAUCCAACCCGUGCGUGGUGCAUGUGCGACUUUCAUAUCCAACAACCUGAGUGCUAAAGACUGUCUGCAGAUGAUUCAUUUAGGCAACAUGCUGUCCUGUCCAGACCUGGAGAAGAAAGCGAGGUUGUGUGCCUUGGAGGAGUUUGAAACUGUCAGUAAAACAUCUGAGUUACUUUCCUUGACUAAGGACCAGCUCAAGACACUCAUCUCAUCAGAUGACCUCAAUGCCUCUGAAGAAACGGUGUAUACAGCAGUGAUGGCCUGGAUUGACCAUGACCAUGAGCAGAGGAAGGAAGAGAUGAGAGAGCUGAUGGAGCUGGUCAGGUUCCCCUUCAUGGACAAGAUGUACUUCUUGGAGAAUGUGGAGAGCAACAGGGCAGUCUACACGUCAUGCCAGGAUAUCGUGACGGAAACUCGUAAGUAG